UAAAUGGUUAAAUAACUCUAGGCUAUCGUUAUUCGGGAGGACACAGCAGCAUUAACAACAUGGCGACAGGUAACCACUUUGAGUGGCAGCUGUUCAAUGGAACGCAGUGGGCUUCUAUCUCUAAUGAUAUUGUCAUUGAGGCUCAUUACUGUCAGCCAGGGGCGAAUGGGAUCACCAUCUACUUCAACAUAGGGGCCGUCAAUGUUGACUUUGACGAAAUGACAGUCAGUGGAUCUCUUCGUAACCUUAGUAUACGGCGCAAUACACUGCUGUCUCCUAACCAGAAACAAGAAGUAGGCUGGUACUACAAAGACAACCAUCGCUGGUGUGAAUAUGGAUCUCAGGGAUUCGGUGGGAGAGCAUCCUCAGUUGGAAGUGAUUUUAUAGAGCAGCAGUACAACAGCAACCCAAGUGGCUCAGUCCAGUUCACUGCAGGAAGCAUGACUUACAACGUGGACUUCACUGCCAUGACUCAAACAAAUCUAUCCACAAACAUGUCCAGGAAAGUAAGACGGCGACCAAAAUUCAAUGCGAUUGUAACGGGCAACAGCAGUAAUCAAAACAGUUCACAAAUUCUGGCAUCUCCCUUGCCAAACCCAACAAAUUCUUCUUCUCAGUACAUCUGGGAGUUUAUGGGUGAUGAGGGGAUUUGGACUGAGUACCAAAAACCAGGAUGUUCACUGGAUAGUGCAGAAAUCGAGAGGUUGUAUCAGCUCAACCCUCAGUGCCAAGUUUCAUUCACAGCAAGACGAUUCUCUUACUCUCUUUACUUUGGUGGAAUGUACCAAGUGAACAAUAAAUAUGGUACAAAAAGAGCUGUCCGGAGAAUCACUGGUGGAAUCCAGCAAACAAACAGCGCAUUGUCACAAGCUCGCUGGCAAUUCAAAGACAUGGAUGGCAAUUGGAAAGAUUUUAGUAAAGGCAGCUCUCGGCGACAUUGCAGUGUGUCAAGUCAAGAUAUUGAAGCCCAGUACCAGCAGGACUCCACAGGGACAAUGAGUUUCAGGGCGGGCAGGUUUAGCUAUGAACUGGACUUCUCAGACAUGACCCAGACCAACCAGUCCACUAACACCAGGAGACCUGUACGCCGCCUUCAGCAAUAAGAGCUCACUUGCCUAUUCUUACGUUUACUUCAUUUACUUGUAGCUAUUUGUGAACUCAGGACUCUUGUUUAUGCAAUGUCUGCUAGAAUAUGUGAUAUGAAAUAUUGAAAUUAGAUUCAGUUUGUCCAUGCAGACCUGUGUCUAUAUUGUUUUAUUAACUGCCACAAAAUAACAGGUCUCAUGGUAAUCA